AUGCUUGGGAUUUCAGAACGUUCUAUUUUCAACCUAAAGACCGAGAUGAAGCGUCUAAAUGAACAAAUACAACUCGAGCAGAAGAAGGAGGAAGAACAAAAGAAAGAAAACGAAGAAAAGCAAAAGAAACAGGAAGAAGAAAAGAAGCAACUUCUCAGCACGAUUCGCCUCAGAAGUCAAUCAAUGGAUGCUGCAGUUGUUUCUGAUGUGCCUUCCUCAUGGGAUCAACUAUCGUCAUAUCGAAAAUCGAAAAGAAAAUGGGAACCGUCUAUACCCAGGGCCAAAUCAUCACUUAAGAGAGAACAUUCAGGCCGAUCGUCUAUUGUUCUUAGUGAGCAAGCUGAGAGCGCAAUCAGAUACAAUUUCCAUGCUAUGCUUGCAGAAAAGGUCUAUCCAACAUGCAGCAGUCUUUUGGAUAGGCUGCUGCAUACACAUGAAGAUUUUCCAAUUCGCUCGGUGACAACUUUAUGGCGUCACAUGCGCCGACUUGAGUUCUACAAAUCAACGCCAAAAAUUCCCGUUCUUCUUGACGAUGUCCCGUUUGUUGCUCGACGUGCGUUCUACUUUCCGUGUCUGACGGAACUUCGAGAGUCAGAUGCUUUCAUCUAUUUUCAUGACGAAACAUGGUUAAAUGCAGGAGAGGAGAAGAGGAGCAUUUGGAUUGAUGAAAAGGGUGAAAGUCGGCUACCAAAACACGAUGGGAAGGGUAAACGUAUUGCGAUUUCGGCCAUGAUUGGCGUGCAAGGAUUUGUGGAGCCGUUCGAUGUAUGGACGUGUGACCGCAAUCAUGCAAUGAACAGCGAACAUUUUCAUAAAUGGAUCGGAGACGCUGCUGGUCGUCUUCGUAUCAACCAUGGUGCUGGCUCAACCAUCGCCAUCAUCAUUGAUAAUGCCACCUGGCAUAAUGUGCUUUGCGACCACACCAAGCCAUCCAAGCGUGCUUGGCGAAAGGAUCAACUGCAGCAAUGGCUCGAUAAUCAUAGGAUCCAGUGGGUUCCUAGAUCAUCAAAGGCUGAAUUGCUGCAGCUAGCGUUUGAAAACGUUCCACCGAAACGGUAUGUCACUAAUGCGAUUGCCCGUGCAUUUGACGUCGAAGUCCUGCGGCUACCGAUAAAGCACUGCGUUCUCAAUCCAAUAGAGUUAGCAUGGGCGCAGCUAAAAUCGUACGUUCGAAAAGCAAACAUCAACUUUCGUUUAUCUGAU